GUGAUCCACCAACCGCGGCAGAGGAAGGGUGUUGCUUUUACCUCUCCCGUGCACAACGACCACCAACGUGACCUCCAACCCGGUGACGCUGAGAGAGAAAGUAAUCACGCUCCUCUUUUUUUAUCACGUGUGGUCGAAAGUAACUGUCUCUCUAAACUUAUACGUCAUAAAAACUUAAUCAAGCAUAAUUUUCAAGCACUUUAAAGAGCUUAGCGAAACUUCGGAGUGACUUAAAGACCUGUCAGAGGCCCUUAUUACGGGGACUGAAGUAUAAGGAGGAGGAGGAGGACGGACUGAAGGCAAGACAGCGAGGGUGGAAGGAGGCGGCGAGUAAGACGAAGAGAACUUAUUAAAGAAAGCCCCCAGAGAGUGAGGAGCCGCGACCUCGAUGUUCAGGCCUGGAUAUUAGGGUCACAGGAGCAGGAGAGAGAGAAAACAACGAUCCUGACUCACCUUUAACCUUCACCUCUGCCGCCACUACCACCAUCACCGCCACCAUCAGCCAGCCAGCCAAUCAGCCAGUCAUCCUCAGUGGUACUUGUGAUCUCUUCCCCUUGACACCAACUAGAGUGGGAGAAAAAAAUCACUCCAGGGAGACAUCUGAAUACACUCCGCCAACUCCAGUACCAGUUAAUCAGUGCCAAUCAGUUCAUCCGUCAGACGAGCCUAUCAACCCAUCUCCUGAGACCCUGGGCCUCAUAAGACGUAAACAAGUGGUAUCAAAUAUAGUCAUAAUUCUCAGAAGACGCGAGUGAAUCAUCUUUGUCCCUCCCACACGGCGAGACUUAAAGAACUUUUGAGACGUUCAUGCGCACCUUUUUUAACCUGCGAUGGCUGGACUGACGUGUGCGUGGGAAGUGCAGAAGCCAGCGUGAGGCACCGAGAGACCAAUUCGAGGAAACCACCGACAGAAUCCUAACUUUUCCGGCUCUUCCGCCCGUCACAGCCUCCUCUCCGCAGCCUCUCCUCCGCUGACGUCUCAUCCAUCAUGUGUCCCAGAUUCCUCCUCCUCCUCCUCUUCCUCUUCUAUGGCCUCUUGGUGUCUUCGGCCACGUCUCCCAAGCAAGAUCUUCCGCCGGAGCACAGGAGUCACGGCGGUGCUGACAACAAUGACUCGGCGGACAAUGGCAGAAGCGGAGGCGGCAGUGGUGGUGGCGUCGAUGGAGGGGAUGCUACUGGUACUGACGGCGCGACUCCAACUGGAGGAGGAGGGGAAAGAAGAGCCCCGGCAGGAGGAGGGGAGAAAGGAGGAGGAGGCAGGAAGGGCGGCGGCGGGCCCAGGAGGUACAACAUCCCCAGCAGCGAACUGAAGAAGCUGGAUCAAUUAUUUGUCUCCGAAGACGACAAGAUGACGUACGACCGACGCCAGACGCCCAGCUACACGGCAGGUUCGCCCACACGAGUCCAUAUCGAGAUGUACAUUCGAAGCUUCGGAUCCAUAAACCCGAUUCAGAUGGACUACACGGUGGACCUGUACCUGCGGCAGCGGUGGCUGGAGCUUCGGUUCCUCAACAACUCCCUCACACGACCCGUGGACCUCAAUGACCCGGUGCUGGUCAAGAUGCUGUGGAAACCUGAGGUGUACUUCCCCAACGCCAAGGAGUCCGACUUUCAGUACGUGACUGUGCCCAACGUGAUGCUGAGGAUCCACCCCGAUGGGACCAUCCUCUACAUCCUCAGACUGAAGCUGACGUUUUCAUGCAUGAUGGAUCUCUCCAGCUACCCUUUGGACCACCAGACGUGCUACAUCCAGAUUGCCAGCUUUGUCAAAACAACACGAGAGCUGGAGCUGACUUGGUAUGAAGACUCUCCCUUAAAGAUGUAUCGCCGGUUGAAGCUGCCUCAGUUUGAGAUAAAAGAGAUCAAGUCAGAUGUGUGCAAUCAGUCCUUCCAUAUUGGAAACUACAGCUGCCUGCAAGCAGUGUUUGAGCUGCGGCGCAACAUUGGGUACCACUUGGUGCAGUCGUACCUGCCCACGUCCCUCAUUGUGGUGGUGUCGUGGGUCAGCUUCUGGCUGGACGUGGAUGCCAUCCCUUCCCGCGUCACUCUGGGUGUCACCACACUCCUCACAGUCUGCUCCGAGUCUACCUCCUUCAGGGACAAGAUGCCAGCUGUGUCGUACGUUAAAGCGCUGGACAUCUGGAUGGGUUCCUGCACAGCCUUUGUCUUCCUGGCUUUGGUGGAGUUUACUGUUGUGAACCACAUUGCUCGCCACCACCGCAGGUUUCUGUUUUGGGGUUCUGUGUACUGGCGCUCCAGACUUGCCUCCAGCAGCCAGAACCAAAGCCUUCUGCAGUCCAAGCAAGGGAUGCCUGGAGUCUCCUCCACCAAGUGUUCCAACAUCGACUCUCUCUAUACCUGUGCUCAAACUUCUUCCUUCGGAGGCCAGGAUGAUGCUAGCAAACAGUGCCAUAAAAGAUUGAACACUUUAUCAAUGAUUGAAACUCAGCCUGGCGGCAAGAGGACCAUCAUACCAGAGGACAUGCUUAUGGAGGAGACUGUUGAAGUUCACAGUGGAGACUUCUCAGGUGACUCCCAAGAGACUGUUCAGGUACACAGUGGAGGCUUCCCUAGUGGAUCUCAUGAAACUGCUCCAUGUAACAGUGACGCAGCACACUGUACAGGCACUGGCUCUUAUGACAUUGAGGAUGAGGAUGAGGUCAUCCAAAGCCAUAACCAUGGCCACAGUGAUGCAGGAUUGUCUUGUCUUCCAACACUCUGGAAGCAAGAAGCAGUGUUUGCAAAAAGAAUCGACAAAACUUGUAGGGCACUUUUCCCCGCCAUGUUCGUUGUCUUUAAUCUCAUAUAUUGGUUGUACUAUCAGGUCUUCACGUGAUAUAUUAGUACGAAUUCGGGUAUUAGCUGUUAGUUGUUAUGACUAAAACCUGCAGCCACGUACAUGUCCACCACACCUGCCAGCUUCACCAUACAAGGAAUGUUUGCCAAUUCCUAUAGGCCCUUCCAAAGAAUGACUCCAAAAAUGGCCUGUCACCAAUUUUAGCAGUUGAAUUGGGCCUAGGCACUAGCCAAGUUUCUUAACUACAGUGAAGUACUUUCACCUCUGAAAAUCGAUGACACGGGAAUAUCUCACUAAAACUACUAAUAUGAUCAUUUAAAAGACAUAUGUCACUAUACAGUCAUACUUCAGUUUACGAGUUUAAUUCGUUCCAGAAUUUUGCUCGCAGAACAAAAACUCGUAAACCAAAACGAAUUUUCCCAUUUAAAAUUUUAAAUUAAUGUGAAUCCCAUUAAUGCGUCCAAUAUCCCCCAAAAAUAUUAUCAUAAAAAUCAUUUUACCUAUUUUAUACAGAAUAAAAGUAAUUUUACUAUCAAAUACCAAUGAUAAAUAAUAAAUAAACAAUAUAGUAUAAUAAUAUAAAUAUCAAUAAUAUAAAUAAUAGUGUAAUAUAUAAAUAAUAUAGUAAUAAAAUGCUUUUGAAAACUCAAAGAUGGCACACUAGAGCACAAACAUAAGUGGACACGAGCGCGCGGGUGCUACUUCUGUGAGUGUACGACGCAGACUGAAGGCAGUGUCACACUGGGCUUUUUCCUCCAACCGUUAGAGCAAGGAGCAACUGCGGUUGCCCAUACACUCAACCGGGAGCGAGUUGUUGGUUUGGGUAAACACUCCUGUCGUCCCAUCUUUGAAGUCAUGAUCGUACCCACAACCGCUUCUUCUUUCCAUUUAACUAUAGCUACAAGUCCAUAAUUUGAAGAACAGCAACACAAGCAACAACAGCCUUUACUUUUGCAAAUGGCACCAUGUGGAUACAGGGCGACUGGUUUGUUUACAUUCUGGAUGCAAGCAACCAACCUUGGUCCUUUGAUGCACAUCCAGAAAAGUUGGAGUUGCUGGUUGCACCUACUGCCAAUGCAGUUGGAGGAAAAAGACCCACUGUGACACCAGCUUGUGACCCCAUUCCUGUUGUUUUCAGCUCUGAGCGCUCUCGUCUUGCGGUGAACAAAAAGAACCCACACUCGCGUCUUCAACUUGAACAAACAGGAUGCUCGCACACCAAGUCACCACUCUUAAACCAAGGCAUUUUAAUGAUUUUUAUUUUUGCUCAUAAAUCAAAAUGCUCGUAAACUAAGUCACUCGUAAACCAAGGUAUUACUGUGAUAAUGCCUUAUAACAGUGCUUCACUCAGAAGAAAUAUAUUGAAAUAGUACUUCUUACACCUCUCCUUUCUUAAACCAUAUAUGAUGCACAUACAUGGCUAUGCCAAGUGAUAUUGUAGUUGGACCUAGAAUCAUUCACAGAGCAUGCAUUUAUUUACAGUAAAACGACUGUGUAACCCCUCAAGAGCAACUAUCCCAAGGUGAAGGCAUUUAGACGACAAAGCACUAUGUAGGCAUUUCAAACAAGGAGUGAAUGGACAAGUAACUGGGCUAUGACAGCUGCUUCCUUAAUUAAUGAAGCUGGGCUAAAGAGAAAUUACUUAAUAGACUGGGCGAAUAUUGAAGAGAGUUAGUAGGUGAGGGAAGGUUCCCAUGAAGGAGCGGGACAUCAGAGAUAUAGAUAAAUAGAUUGCUGAAGAAUAGUGGAUUGGUAGCUGAAGAGAAUUCUAAACAUGUACAAAAUGAGGAGUGUUAUAUGUAAAUUCAUUAGGGACAUCAUGUUUGAAAAAGUAACAUAUGCAUCUUGGUGUCACUAUAAUCAUUAUAUUGUGAAUAUAUUUAUCCCUCGUGAAUGAUCCUAGACCCAACUCAGAUCACUUGAUAUAGUCAAGUGUGCUUCAAAUAUAUUUUUCAACUCGAUUUACAGAACUUUGGAGGCAGGACGUUGUAAUGGGGAACGAUGUAUUGGGAAUAUGCCUCCACAAAGCUGAAUCUUACAUGGAGCAAAGUACAGAAUUAUGAGGCAUUCUUUUGCUACAUCACCUUUUUAACCCGUGAGAUUUGAUACAACCUCAUAGAACUGUUUCUGAGUGUGUGACAUACACUCACAUACAGCCCAGGUAUGCUCCCAAAGUGGAUCAGAUUGUAGAUCAAGGUGUCCCAUCACUUCUUGGGUCAGUUGCCUGGCAGUCACGCUGGAGGAAAAGACACACAGGGAAAUGGUUAACUUGGAAAAAAAUACCAGACCCAAUAGAUUGAAUAAGUAUAUUUGCUGUUUUGUGGGAUUUUUCUCACAUACUCGUACAGAGGUACAAGUAACAAGUGUAGUUGCGUGACUCUGCCUGGCUCUGGUUCCCAAAUCCACCUGCCAUAGUUGUGGAAAGUUGCGCAUUCAUAAACAAGGGGAAAAUACUGUUUAAGUUUAAAAGAUUAAUAGAAAAAAUAGAUAUAAACAUUCUAUUUUUUGUCACUUGUUCAUUUGUAUACAUUGACACAAUAUUUGAGUUUUUUCCCCAAAGGGAAUGCAGAUUGGAAUGGUGCUUACAAAUUGACAAGCAUGCCUUUAUUAACACCACUCAUGUCAUGAAGCACUAAGGCCAUUGUGUUGUCUUCAUUACACUUCUUAACAUUAUGCAUUUUGCCUCAGUCUUCUCAUCCUUUGAGCAAUCAGUGUGAAUCAGUGAUAAAGGCUCAGCUAAGCCCAGCAAUGCACACUUUAAAGAAUAUUUUCUCUUCAAGCUCUAAAUUGACGUCAUAUACUUUUCAUUACGUGUAAAUCAUCUUAAAGGCUCAGCAAUCAUCAUCAAUCCACUUUUAAAUUUGACUGCAUAAUUAGCUUGGAAUCAGCUUCUUGCACCUUACAUCACAUUCUGCCCCCUUUCUCAUGUAUGCCAGACAAGCAUUAGAUACUAAUUUUUAUCAUUUAUUUCCUACACACCAGAUUAUCAUUCUGCAGCUGUGUUGAGUUUGUAGCUUCUAAACAGACUUUUUCUAUAGCCCCAUCUUUUGAGUGCUGAUAUUCCCACCUGUCCUCUUACUAUCCAUACCAUUCACUCCAUUAUUGUAUAAUAAAAGUCACCUCCAUAUAUCAGCCUCACUAUACCGAAGGCAAUGAAUGUGACUGGCUCUGUACCUGCUGCCUCUACUCCUCCAACGAAUCAGUUUUCUGAUGUUACCUGUGCCAUAUCACUCACCUGUGUCAGUAAGGUGUUUUUGUCACUACUGUGUUGUUAAUGAGUGACUUUUAACUACUUCUUACUCCUACGGGUCAUUUAGCAGUCAUCAUCAGUUUGCCAUUUGAGUUUGUCAGAGGUUUUAUUGUAAAUAGAUUCAGUGGCAAGCUUAGGUGCUUCCAGAUUAAGCUUCCGAUCAAUUGUGUUGCUUCAUUGGUGUUGAGCAGCUUACAAUCAAAUGUGACCACCAUCAGUUUCUGGGAACAAGGUUUCUUUAGUACAUGUUUACCCAUCCCAAGAUAGGUGCUAGAAAUGGAGAAAACUGGAUUAAGAGCCAUCUAUUUAAAUGGAUAUUUUGCCACAGUUUUUUGGGAAAAGCUGGUUGUUGAAGGGUUCGGUGAUAUAGGUUGUUACUAGAGGUCAUUUUUGCCUCGGCUGUUUUCAGUUCAAAGGAGAGUAAACAUUCUCCAGUGAUGCCAAGUAGCCAGCCCUGGUUUCCAUUUCCUUUCUGUCUCUGUGUGAUGCAAGCCCUGCACCUCAUAAUACUGUAACUGUGUUGUGAUGGUUAAGCCAUGAAAAGAGAAUCUCAGCCUUUUGUUUCAGAAUUAACAAUGUGUGACACUUCUGUUUUCCUCUUCUGGAUGAGGCAGAGGAAAAUGACCAACCCCCAUCGUGUAUCCAGUUGGUGAGUGUGGAAAUGAUCUGUUUUGGUUCUUUUGGCAGUAGUGAACACUGACAGUGGUAGCACUGAGGUUUUGUACUGAUAGAAGUGAUGAUGGUGCUAGUUAAGGUACUGAUCAUGGUGGUAAUAUGGUUGUUACACUUUCUUGUGGCAGUGAUAGACAAAUGUAGCAUUUACUGUCAUGGAUAUAUUUCCUCCACCAUCUUGCCGUCCACUCUUCUCUCCCUUAAAAAGGAAGCAACAGUGCUUUACCAUUCACCAUAAUUGACUUUUUUUAUGGCAAAAAAGACAGUUCAAUAUUAAUCAAACAGAGUCCCACUAUAUCACUACUCCCACAAAAGAGCCAGAAGAGAAUUAAAAAAGAGAAUGGUCAGAUUUGGUUGAAGAGGUGUUUUGAUACUUGAAACAAAGUGUCAUAGAAAGCAAGAAAUACAGGUGAAAAGAGGCUGUCAGAAGCCUUUGAAAUGUCUAAGGCAACAGAAAAAGUUUCACUGAAAUAGCUAAGAGAGGAUGACCAAGAAUCUGUUAGGGUGGCAAGAGUUGUAGAGCACUGAGGAAUCUGAAGUAGUUUAAAGGUAAUAGAUGCUGAAGAAAUUUUCGUUUAAGGAUUAUUCCAAAAACUUUAAUGAGACAAGAAAGGAAGCUAUUGGAUGGUCGUUUGAAGGUUAGAGCAGUCACCCUUCUUAGGUAAAGUUUUUAUGUGGGCUUGCUUGUAGCAGGAAGGAAAGAUAGAUGUUGAUAGGCAGAAGCAAAAGAUGCCAAGACAGGGUGUCAAAGUAAAAGCACACUUUUUAAGGACAAUAGAAGAAACUCCAUUAUGUCAAUAAGGCUUCUGAAGACUGGGCCAGAAAGGGCAUAGAGAACAUCUUUCUUAAGAAUUUUAUUAUCAUGUAUAGCAAAGUCAGAGAGGGGCAGGCAUGAGUGGGAGAAACAAACUCCAAAUCUGGAUGAGUACAGUUUUCAGAGAAAGUUUGAGCGAGUAAUUGAGUAUUAAUCAAUCGGUCAAUAGGGGCACACACUGAGGGGCACAUCACCUCACCCACCCUAUGACGCCGAACCGGGGGGGUUUCUCCCGGUUAAGCCUCCAUGUAGGCCUCCUUACCAUCAUAAGUACCUCACGGCAGGAUCUGUCGACAUCCUGAAGCCAUGAACACAAACCCUGGCCGUCCCUUUGGCCUCCCCCACUCGGAGUUGUCUCUUACAGAAACAUCCUGUUGAGCAGGAUCGACUUCUGAGUAGCAUGCCGCAUGCUUGUAUAGCUGGAGUUGGUGUUGACAGACUAUGCAGAUAAUAGAUGUCAAAUCAGUCUCACGGAGUAGUCGCCGGUCUGACACACAGUCAUUCCAACAAUAUCCCAUGAUUCUGUGUAGCCACUUAAUACCAAAGACAUCAGUCCGCCUCUCAUUCAUUCAUUCAUUCAUCUUUGACACCUGCUCCUAGGAGCUCCCACCAGGGGAUGGCCAUGGCAGAAGAUUUUCCAUCUCUAUCCAGACACUCCCUCCUUGCCUGCUCAAAGUUUCUCAAGGAUCUUUCACCCCUCUCCCUGACAUACUCCUGAACCCUAUCUCUCCAUUUCACUGGAGGUCGUCCUCUGACAUUUCCUCCCUCUAUCUCACAGUCACCCUCCUGAUUAUCUUACUCUCCUCCAUUCGCUCCAUGUGGCCAAACCACUUUAAAGUCUGUCGCUUCGCCUUCACUUCUUCCAACACUCCACACUUCUUCCCUUCACCCAUGUGACACAUUCCAAAACGCUCAUACACACUUUCAUUACUCAUUCCAUCCAUUCUACUCACACUACAUUCACUUCUCAAAUAACUCAUUUCCACUGCCUGCACUCUAGACCUCUGACUUUCAUUCCAGGCCCAUGUUUCACUUGCAUAUGUGAGGGUUGGUACUAUUAAUGUAUUUCUCAAAUCCCUCUUUACCUCCAUGCUCUUUGGGGCAAGUUGUGAUCAGAAGAGUUCAAUGGAGAUUAUAGUUGAAUGGAAUAAACCUUAUGGGUUAGAGUUAGGAAGAGAUCUAGUGUUGGGCAUGUCUCCAAGACAGUCAGGAUCAUAAACAAGAGCAAGGUUAGUUGUAGGUUUGUUUACCAGGCUGGUCAGUGAACAGUGAAGGAGAAUAAAUGUCAAAGCUUGUGAUGAACAUUGGUUAAAUCUCAAGUAAUUUCUAUAAAGUUGAAGGGUAUCUGUGACAUUUGUGAUGAGACCAAAAUUAUUAAACUUGAAAAUUAAGCAGAGGUUCUUGAAUUAUGUUGGACAGUUGUAACUUCUGAUAUCUCAAAUGCUUUCUUAGCGUAAGUGUAAGUUGAUUAACAUUCAGGCGCAUUUUUUCAAAUUCCCACAUCAACCACAGCAUUUCUUGGUCUUUACAAGUCAGUGUUUCCCCAACCACUUUGCCAUUCAAAUCUCUCCUGUCUUUUCUGACUUUUUUUUUUACUUUGCUACCCUUCUAUAGUAGCUACAUGGAUUCUAGAGACAUGGAUGACCCGUCUUCUAUAGGCCAGGCCUGUAACAAUAACAUAAGUAAUUACUGUACUGUACAUUAAUAUUUAUUAUUGAUACAGGGUGACAAAA